UGAAGGGCCAACUUCUGUCUUCUAGAGUCUGAAUAAAACCAUCGUUACACCACGCGGCAUAUUACAAAAUUAGAUCAUUCGAUCCCUUCCUGAACCCCAACGCAACCCCUGUUUGACUCGUGCGAUAAAAAUGAUGUUCGCAAAAAUUUCACGACAUGACACAAAACCCAUUCCUCCCAUAGGCUCACAGGUAUUCAAUACACCAAUAACAUUGUCGACGACUUGAGUUUAGAGAGCUGCAUCCAGUCCAGAGUCUCUCACUCCGUCAAUUCAAUCUGGUGAGAAUGGUUUCAACUGAUAAUGGAAAAGGCAAAGAGGGAUUAGAGAAAUCAGAGAAUACCAAACAACCCAAGGGCGGUCAGAUUCCUCUUCAAAUUUCUUCAUCCCGAAAAAUAUUGCUAACCCAUGAAAACCCUCAAAAUGGGUGUCAAAAUAGCUUACCUUCGUCAAUUGUCAAUAAGGUAGGAUUCUUCAAAUUUGGUUCUGCUGCUAUUAAUUUAGCAUCCCCAUCUGCCAAAUUCCGGCGGUUAGCUGAGGAUAAGGAUGAGAUUUCACGGGCUGUUCCUUCCUCUAGUUGUCAUCGUUUCAGAGGACGAUUUAAUGAUGUUUUUGGGCGCAAAAUAGAUUGGGCAUCCCUUAGGAGAAUAUGCAGAGAUUGGAUUAGAGACCCCAUGAACAUGGCCCUAUUUGUUUGGAUUGCUUGUGUUGCUGUUUCGGGUGCAAUUUUGUUCCUCGUCAUGACCGGAAUGUUAAAUGGUGUGUUGCCCAAGAAGUCCCAGAGAAAUGCAUGGUUUGAAGUCAAUAACCAAAUUCUCAAUGCGCUGUUUACUCUAAUGUGUCUCUACCAACACCCUAAGCGGUGUUACCACCUUGUACUUCUAUGUAGAUGGAGACCGGAGGAUGUUUCCAAACUUAGAAAGAUAUAUUGUAAGAAUGGGACCUAUAAACCUAAUGAAUGGGCUCACAUGAUGGUUGUUGUACUUCUACUUCAUGUGAAUUGUUUUGCUCAAUAUGUCCUUUGUGGUCUUAACUGGGGAUACAAGCGAUCUGAGCGACCCGCAGUAGGAGUUGGCAUAUGUAUCACUCUUGCAAUUGGUGCACCUGCAAUUGCUGGUGUUUACUCAAUCGUUAGCCCCCUUGGAAGGGAGUACGAUUCUGAAUUGGAUGAAGAAGCACAAGUUCACAUCACUUCGAGUGAUAGUACCCAGCCAAGCCAGUUAAGAUCAAGAACACUAGAGAAGAGAUUCUCAUUUGCAGCAAGAGAUGAUGAGCAAAGAAUCGUUGAGAACAGACCACAGUGGAAAGGAGGGGUGCUUGAUUUUUGGGAUGAUAUUUCUCUAGCAUAUCUUUCAUUGUUCUGUAGUUUUUGUGUUUUUGGUUGGAACAUGGACAGACUUGGGUUUGGCAACAUGUAUGUUCAUAUUGCUACUUUUCUUCUGUUUUGUAUGGCUCCUUUCUGGAUUUUCAAUUUGGCAGCUGUUAAUAUUGAUAAUGAUGGUGUGAGAGAGGCUUUGUCAGUUACUGGGAUUGUUCUUUGUGGGUUUGGUUUACUCUAUGGCGGUUUCUGGAGGAUCCAAAUGAGAAAGAGAUUCAAUCUGCCGGAAAAUAAUUUCUGUUGUGGGAAUCCAGCAGUUACUGAUUGCUCCCUAUGGCUUUGCUGUUGUUGGUGUUCUCUUGCCCAAGAAGUGCGGACGGGAAAUGCCUAUGAUGUUGUGGAAGAUAAAUUUUGUAUAAAACAAAUGGACAGCAACAAGCUGCUAGUUGUUCCUUUAUCUCAUGAAGAUCAAUCAGUUGAAUCAAAUUCUGGUCCAAGUUCACCGCUUAAAAUGAGCUCCAGCCCAUGCAAGAGCAUUUCAGCUUACUCUGAGAGUCAGAGCCCCAGCAGAGUUUCAAAAGUUAUUUAUGGCUCAGACAGGCUACUUCCUACAGUUGAAGAAGAGUCUGGUAAAAGAGGUAUGGAUGAAACUAUGACACCACCUACCCCGUCAUUGAUACAAAAAUAAUCCAAGCAGCGAAAUAUUAUUCAAAAUGGCAUUGUAACCUGUAAUAUAAAACAGUGUGGACCAGUUCAUGUGUUCUAUUUUUAUUUUCUGUGUAUCCAAAUGCAUUAUGUAUGUGUACGCUUUUUGCUAUUGAUUGUGAUUCUAGAUUCUGAUUAACUUUGUAAGCUGUUAUUGGCAGAAAGUUUGUUUGAAAA